GAACCUAUCUGGGAUGUAACUGAACUGUACAACGCACAAUGAAAAAACAGCUCGUUUUAUUCCAUGAGGAUUCUAAAAUAGAAAAGUUCACGCUUUUCUGCAACUCAGUAACAAUUAUUUGUUUAGUUUUUUAUUGACAGAUGCCAGAAAGCGUGAAGAUUAAGGACCAAAACAUGCCAGCUCAAUCUUUCCCAGCUCGUCUCGUAUGGAGUCCCAUAUAUCCCACAACACUUAAAGGCACCACGGGCACUGGUGUUCAGACAGAUGUUUCCAGUUUGUCCACUUUCCUCCUCUUCUUUGUUGUGUUUGUUUCAGGAUGCUUCUGCCGGCUACAGAUGGUUGCUUUCUAGCCUCACUGCAAAUAAAGCAAAGAUGAGUUUGACAGCAAAACCGGCAAAGUCUUCCAAGCGGAGAUGCUCCAGAGAUUUCCUACCACCGUAAUAUUGUUCAAUACUGCACUGAAGCCAGGAGAUGGUAAUGAUGAUGCUGAUGAGGAGGAGGAGGUCUUGCCAGGUGAAAGGGGAUGUAAUGUGCACAAUCCUGCUGCUAGUGCUCUUCUGCCUGUUGUUCUAUGUGCGACAGGUCCUUCUGUCCUCUAACUGGGACAAACCUGCGUGGAAGUUGGAGAUCAUUCGUCCCACCAGCUCAAGUCGGAACCUGCUGGGAACCAACACCGCCAAAGUGGCCAAGAAGUCUCCAAAGCAGUCCCCAGUCACCCACUCUGAGCCUCAAAUCCUGCUCUCAGAGCGCAAGUCCAAGAAACCACACGCCAAGUCUAAAGCCGAGUCCAAAUCCCCCAAAAAAUCCAAGUCGCGACAGAAGAAAGCAAAGCCGACUAAGCAGACCAAUGUCCCUCUGCCCACGAUGCCGCCGUUUGACUUUGAGGGCUACCUGAGAGCGAAGGACAACCGCAACUUCAAGCUGCUGAUCAAUCAACCCGAGAAAUGUCAGAUGGGAGGAUGGGAACAAGCUGGUGGCAGUCACAUGAGCGACCUCUACAUGCUCAUUGCCGUGAAAUCCAUUGCUGCAGAUUUUGAUAAACGGCAGGUGGUGCGUAGGACGUGGGGUAAAGAGGACAGCUCGAUCCGUACCGUCUUUUUGCUGGGGGUCCCCAGGAACCGCAGCGCCUUGCCUCUUUGGGAUCAGCUGCUGACCUAUGAGAGUCAAACCUUCAAAGAUAUCCUCCUGUGGGACUUUGAGGACACCUUCUUCAACCUGACACUGAAGGAAACCCACUUUCUAGAAUGGGUCAAUAGCACCUGUCCACAUGUCAGGUUCAUCUUCAAGGGUGACGCGGACGUGUACGUGAACAUAGAAAACAUCCUGGAGCUGCUCCAAAGCCAAAAGUCAGAACAGGAUCUUUUUAUCGGGGAUAUUAUAGUCAACGCCAAACCCAUUCGUCGGCGCACUUCAAAGUACUUUGUUCCAGAGUUUGUCUAUGGAGCUGCUUUGUACCCUUCUUACGCCGGGGGAGGAGGCUUUGUUAUGUCGGGUUACACUGCACGCCGUCUCAGCUCCGCCUGCCAGCGAGUGGAGCUAUUCCCCAUCGACGACGUGUUUCUGGGAAUGUGCCUCCAGCUGAUCGGCAUCAAGCCGUCACGCCACCAAGGUUUUCGAACCUUUGGGAUUCCCCGUCCGUCCGCCGCACCCCACCUGCAGACAUUCGACCCAUGUUUCUACAGGGAGCUCAUGGUGGUCCACAGCCUCAGCGUGCCCCAGAUAUGGCUGAUGUGGAACCUUCUGCACGACCCCAAACUAAGCUGCCACAACAGAACCAGACCGACAUCCGGACCUUUCAGGUGGAGGGCAGAAGAAAGAGAGAGUGAUUAUGGCGAUGAGCGGAUGUUUGUCUCGCAUGAUUAACUCACUGUCCGCUUAGGAGAGGAGGGGAAAAGGCUGCUUUUGCAAAGCACAGGUGGGUCACAUGACACCUUGGCCAAGUUAGCGGAUUAUGUGAAGUGGAAAAAAUGUUUUUUCCAUUAAGGAGGAACAUUUUCUGCCAGGGCCAACGUGUUUAUGAGAUGUUGCCUCAUAGUCAUGUGGUUGACAUAAAACACUGAAUGCUCUCAAAGUGCUGUUUAACAAUUGAAAAGACAUUCCAAAAUGUAGGACUGACUUUUUAAUGCAGCUUUGGGAUGAGCUGACAAUUGAUCGCUGAUUGAUGGGGUCUUGGAAUGAUUAAGGCAAAAUACUGCUUGGCUUCACCAACAGAGAUUUCUUUUCCAGCAGCGUUAUUUUGCACAAUAUGACACGGAAAGGUCAGAACAUUCUUCCACCCUUGGAGUUCAACCUGGCACUUGUAGAAAACAAAGAGUGAAUGAGUUAGAAAACGGCUAAGGUGACAAAAUAAUGGCAAAAAUCGCAGACUUCAUUUGCGCCCACUCCUUUUGCGCUCACAUGGAGUCCAUUUGCGCUUGUUCCUCGCUUUCAGCACUUUGGCGCAUGCAUUGAGUAUGCGAGCCGACCACUCCCUUCCUUUUGGAUUGGUCACUUAAAACACCUACCGUCUCCUGGCAUACCAUCUCCUGGUCAGAGCCAAGCCGAGAGGACUGUUACCAUCAAACUGUCUUGGUCUUUAGACCGUAUCACCCAAUAUUAGUGUACUUUGUCUUUCUUUACCAUGAAUUGAUUAACGUGGUCCCCGACUUAAACAAGUUGAAAAACUUAUUCGGGUGUUACCAUUUAGUGGUCAAUUGUACGGAAUAUGUACUAAACUGGGUAAUCUACCAAUAAAAGUAUCAAUCAAUCAAUCAAUCAACAAUUCAUACAUGUUUUAUAUUACAACCUAUUAAAUGAUGAUAUUACCAUUUAUAAUAAUGUCUUGGACUUAGACAAACUUUAAUGAUCCACAAGGGAAAUUGUUCCACACAGUAGCUCAGUUACAAAGGAUGGAAAGGGUAAGGCUGGAAAGGAUCGUGCACACAAGGGCACAAAAUGAGGGCGAAAACAAAAGGUGUUAAGUAGACUAAAAAAUUACCAUAGUAUCAAUGUAAAAUACUAUAUGUAAUAUUUACAUAAUACCGGUAUAUAUACAGUAUAUAAUAUAUACUGAUAUAUUAUUAAUUAAUUAUUAAUAAUCUUAGGAUUGUGUCAAAAAUCUCAAUCUUUUAAUAACAACCUUUACCAAGUUGAUAUUAGAUAGUUAAUAAAGAUAGUUUUUUGGACUUGGCACCAUGUUUUUUCUGGACAUAUACUUUCCAGGAGGCAGCACGGUGUCAGAGGGGUUAGAGCAUCUGCCUCACGAUAUGAAGGUCCUGGGUUCGAUCCUGGGCUCGGGAUCUUUGUGUGUGGAGUUUGCGUGUUCUCCCCGUGACUGCGUGGGUUCCCUCCGGGUACUCCGGCUUCCUCCCACCUCCAAAGACAUGCACCUGGGGAUAGGUUGAUUGGCAACACUAAAUUGGCCCUAGUGUGUGAAUGUGAGUGUGAAUGUUGUCUGUCUAUCUGUGUUGGCCCUGCGAUGAGGUGGCAACUUGUCCAGGGUGUACGCCGCCUUCCGCCCGAAUGCAGCUGAGAUAGGCGCCAGCGAAUCCCCGCGACCCCGAAAGGGACAAGUGGUAGAAAAUGGAUGGAUGGAUGCAUUCCAGGUCAUUGAAAUGUGUUCUAUAGAAAAGUAGCUCAUUCAUGGAUACUAGAGUGCCAGAGUCGCCAAUGUGAUCAAAAGUGUGGCAUUUUUUAUUGUUUUCUUUGUAAGCACUUUACUUAAUAAGGAAUGUUAUAAUGUUAAUUUUGUCUGAAAACUAAUGAUUGCAGUCCAUCGGAGGAUUGGCUUUGACCAGGAGACAGUAGGCCUUUACUUAGUAACUUUUCAACCAUUAUAAAAUGUUUCCAUAACUUCUGGAAUGAUACAUGAAUUUACAACUAGUUGAAUGAAGGGGGUCUAUAUCGCAUUUCCUGGCACUUGGUGACCUUGAGGAGGGUGGCAGGAACACUGCCAAAGCAAAAACUACAAAUGUAAUGACUUGCUUUACGGCGUACGUCCCCUCUCCUUUUACCAUUCAUUCAAAAGACAGAAAUCGAUGCGAACGCCUACGUGCAAUUACUGCUAUCGUGGCCGAAGCUCCUAAACAACCAAAGAAACUAAAAGUUUGGUCUCAGGACACAAAAAAAGAAAAACAGAGUCUACCUGGAUUAAAGGACAGUCAGGAUGAACAUUGCCUUCACUUGAUGGCGUGAGUUUAAAGACAAAUGAUUUCAAACCGAUGCUGCCUUAGCUCUGUUCCUGCUGGACUACUAACUGACUUUAGAUACUCGAAUCAAAAGUAUAAUGCUAAUGUUAGCUAUCUGAAAUUUGCGUGUUAGCAAUAAAUAGCCACAUUCUUGUUAGUGGUGUCAUGUUUGUAGCGCAAUCAAAGUUAAUUUCUUGAUAGUGUCUGCUAUUUAACAUCAGAAUAGCCAUUACAGAACUAUUUGUGACAAUAUUACAGUUUGAUGCUAUAUGCGCCAGACCUCACGAAAAAUGUGGUCUUCUUCUGGCAGAACGCUGCCGCUAUUGUCCAAUCAGAAAGGAGGGAAGUUGCACAGACCGUGUAUUAUAUCAGUGGUCCCCAACCACCGGUCUGUGACAUAUUUGCUACCGGCACGCAAAGAAACAAUAAUAAUUUAUAAAAUGCCACAUUUUCUCCGACUUAACUUUUUACCUGUCCCCGUAAACCAAUAAGCUUGUUUAUAGAUGUGUAUUACAACUCCUUUGUCAUAGUAUAUGGGACAAUGCACAUAUAAAAUGUUAAUGUGCCAGGUUUUAGCCAACGGCUAAUGUCCGUGAAAAUAAGGCAUAUAUUAAACCGGUCCCUGGUGGAAAAAAGGUUGGGGAACCCUGCAUUAAAGAAACGACUCCAAGUGCCAAAAGGGAGGAACGUGUAAAGGAAGAAAGAAAGAAAGAAAGUGUGAAUGCAAACAAACUUUGCGCGAGUGCAAAGAGACCACAAGCUCACAGAUUUUUUUUCAUGUUUUGGCAUUGUUUUGACGUCAGACUGAUAAACUUGCACAUAUCUGCAUUUCUUCAACUAUUAUUUCUUGUCAAUAUGCUCACAUUUCCACACAGGUACCAGUAGGCUGUACGCACCUUUUUUAGUUUCAUAUAGCGUGUAUGUCUCUACAGGACUGUCCACAUCUUUUCCAAGGUUUGAUACAUUUUGUGCAUUAAAGAAGCUAAAACCAAUGUUUUGCUCCAAAAUAAUAA